AUUUUAUUCGGAUCUCAUAUAAAAGGCAAACACACGAAAGCAACAAUAAAAUCUACAACACGCUAACAUGCAGUGCAGAAUAAAAUACCGAACACAGACCUAAAUCUGUAAACAUGUAUUUCAAAUAUCUGUAAAGACGUCUUAGAGCCGGAAGAGCGGGUCGACUUCAAGGAAGUCUCAGCAGCAGACAUUUCCAGUGGGUUCAUCGUCGAGGCAGCAGUCUCCGCUCCGAUGGAACGUCGCCAAGAAAACCAGCCCAGCGGUAAUCUACAUUAUUCACUGAUGCCCACGUCGAAAGAGGCAAAAGACACCGAACAAAGUUCCAAAACGCUUCUGUCAUCCUUGAAACUGAAGGUGGACGAAGACGAACAUGACGACGACCGGAAACCGAUCUACAAGACGGAGCGCUGCGACACGCUGAUGCAGUUGUGCGAAAUGUCCAUUGACUUCUACACCUGUGAUAAAUGCCAGCUGAAGUUCCCUACGGAGAGCAUGUUGAAUCGCCACAAAAUGUCGCAUAAUCUGAACUCUUGGCUUCGCAAAAGGGGUUUGAGCAGGAAACCGAUCCCUAGACCAAGAUCAAAGAAACGAGUGAAACGGGUGGAGCCUCGGAAGCCUGCGGAAAAGCACAAACACACUUGCAGCUUCUGCGAUUUCGGGUGCACUAGAAUGUCUACGUUGACUGUUCACAUCCGGAAAAAGCAUAAAUCGGCGUCACUCAAAGAGGAGUCACGGAAGACCAGCAAUCCUUGCGAAUUGGAGGCGACGAAUCAACCGAAUUUAAGGAAACGCAACCAGAAGCACAGGACUGUUAAUAAGAUAAGCUUCGAAUGCGACUUGUGCGACUUCACUUGCAAGACGAGUAGAACUUUAGCUUCCCACGUGGUAAGGAAUCAUAAGUCUGAAGAGAAGAAGACUGACUCGAAGAAAUCGAGAAGGGCGAAGUAUGCCGAGGACUCUUUCGAAGCGCAGACCACGAAAGGAACGUGUUUGCAACAGUAUAAAGAGGAACUCCAGGAGUCAACGGUUCCUUGUUCGCCUACAGAAGUCAUCAGCAAAGAGGAGCCCGCAGUGACGGUUCGUGCAAGCAAGAAACAGAGCAAACAGCCGAUCGAAGAGCAUUGCAAUCUGUGCGACUUCAAGUGCGAGAAGAAGAGCACGUUGUACUACCACAAGCGUCAGCACAAGGCGGAGGAUCUCAACGAGAUAUUCUCGUGCAACGAGUGCACUUUCAAGACUACCAAGAAAUCAUCCUUGUACUCUCACAUCAAACGGAAACACAGAGUGACGAAGCCCUGCACCCCGGACGGUCUGCCGGAAUUGUUCUGCUGCAACCAGUGCGAUUACAAGAACAAAAACAAGUACGAGCUGAAGAUCCACGUCGCCAGGAAGCACACGGAUGAUUUCAAGUUCUCUUGCGAGACCUGUGGCAAGAAGUUCAAGGUGAAAGGGGAUUUGACCAAUCACAUCCGUUUCAGUCACAAAGAGCAACCAGUGAUUUGCGACGUUUGCGGGAAGACCUGUCUGAACAGUAAUUCUCUGUACGUGCACCAGAAGUUCGCCCAUUACAAAGCUAAGUACGAGUGUCAGGUGUGCAAGAGGCGAAUGGUGACCCAGGAGAACCUCAAUGAGCACAUGAUCAGGCAGCACGAGAAGAGGGAGAACGUUGUUUGCGAAGAAUGUGGGAAGACGUUCUCCAGGAACAGCAGGCUGAAGGUGCACAUGAGGAUUCACACAGGUGAUAAACCGUAUAGUUGCACCAUAUGCAACAAGUCCUUCGCACGGAGAACAGCCUUGAAGCAACACUUGCUCAUUCACACUGGGAUCAGACCGUACGUCUGUGACAUCUGUGGCAAGGCCUUCACGCAGAAGCCGGGACUGAUCAGUCACAGAAAGUCGCAUCCCGGCUCGCACCCGCCGCUUCCGAGGGUCUUGAUCGAUCACAUAUUGAACGACGUGAUGAACAAUUGAUAAGUUCGGUGACUUAGUGGACAAUGCAUGGACCAACGAAUUGUUUCUUGGGAGGAACGAUGGGAUGUAAGACUGUUUAUCGUUCAAAUCUAGAUGGUGGAGGUUUGUUGGAAUUCAUCCUGACUUGGAAUUUCGAAAAAUGAAUUUUCAUUGUCCCUUCAUAUUCUAGUCAUUUAGGAGAAUGGAUGUUGAUAACGAGAGAUUACUGUUUCCUUUCAUUUGUGUAUCUCAUUGCCACGUAUUUGGUAAUGUAUAAGUGGUUUCAUCGGCCUCCAUGCACUACUUUGUAUUCAAACGAUUCGAAAGCAUUGUGAGACAGAGUGGAAGAUGUGUUUAACGGUUGAAUAGUUUAAGAAUCCUUUGCGAAGAAAGAUCUUUCUUCGGAUAAAAGAUAGUUUUUGAUUUCUUAUCCUCUCAAAAAGGGUAGGAAGACAAAGAAAAAUUUCGUUUCGAACUUAGAGAAAUAUCAAGAUGAAUUUUGAGGACUGCGGUUCUUUCUGCAAAUCUGUAUUUUUAUGAGAACUUUUGUCAGCUGUAUUUUUCUUUUAUUUUUUUAAUAAUUUCAGUGAAUGAGGAAUACAAUGAAUGUGUAUUCUUAAUAAAACUUUAUUGGUAUUUUAAAAGGUUUUGAGUAUUAUUAUUAAUGUUACUUGCAUAAAGAUCCGCAGCGUAAGAAUCACAAACGUUUCUCCAUGUACUAUCCUGUAUAAUUAAUUCGUAUUUUCUAUUCUUCUUCAUUGAUACUUUUAGCAGCUAAGGAAAUCACUGUAAACGCAAUUAGUUUACUGGUAGCUAUUACGUUUAGUUCGUCCUAGUUUCUCGACUGUAUUACUUCUCAUAAUUCGCUAGUACUGCUAAUGUGCAAUCACGUUCACUGAAAUGUUAAGUUUCUUACAAGAAGGGUCGUUAUAUGCAAAUCACCGUGUAGUAUUCCCGCAUCGAUCAACAGUUUGUAUCUCAUUUUUAGAACCUAACGAUUUUUGUUAAAUUAUUUGUAAAAAAAAAAAUAUAUUGUAAACUUUCCUAGUUUAUGUCGGCGUUGUUAACGUUUUCUAGAAAUACAAAGACGUCUCAUCUGUCGUAAAUCCGCCGAGCAUUGUUACUCAGUCGUUCGAUUCAUUUGUAACAACUGUAUAUACUCGCUUACUUGAAAAAAAACAAUUCCAGCUUUUUCAUAUAAUACAUUCGGUAUUAAUUUUGGAAAGCUUCCUUAACAAUAAUUAUCACACGAACGUGGACAGUUAAUUGUUAAUCACCACCAACAGCGGAAAAAUGGUCGUUGAUUAAAAAGAUUACAGCAUGCAUAGGUGGUCUCCACUGGGAACGAAACGAUCAAAGUUCAUAUAAGUAGAAGAGUAAUCCGUCAAAAAUUUCCAGUUACAGAUCAUGUACACGCAAAAGGGACGGCAAAUCGUCAAACAAAACCAAAUCUUC